AUCUGGCAUCUCAAAAUGGCAGGGUACGAGUUUCUGCAAACAUCGAGAAGCAGAAUGGAGUCGGGAUGGAUGAGAAAGAAACUCAUCCGGGCCAUGGAGGAUAAUAGGGGUCUUAUUCUAACAGUAAUAGGUCUUCCUUUAUCUUUUUUGUUUGAUAAAGUUAUGCAGUUUAGGAACUGGUGGUAUAGAGAGUUUUUAUCUAGUCCUUCCAAACAUAUGGAUAGAGUAGCAACUAUUCAAGCUCAGGUUGUACGAAACGCCUCCCAGCCUGCCGGUCAAAGGAAGACGAUGUGUACUGCCCGCCCUAACUGGUUGUCUCUGUCCACCACCUUCUUCAACAAGGAGGCCUGCCACAAGAUUCCCAUCCCACUCUACGAUAUCCUGGAGCUCAAUGAGACUAAUCUUACAGUUAAAGUGGAACCAAUGGUUACUGUCGGAGAUAUUACUAGAUAUUUAGUACCACGUGGGUAUACUUUAGCAGUUACCCUAGAGAUUGCUGAUGCCACACUCGGAGGUUUAGCUUUCGGAGUUGGGAUGACGACAUAUUCUCAUAAGGUUGGAUUGUACCAGGAGACUAUUGCAGCUUACGAAGUAGUUCUUGGAGAUGGAACUUUUGUCAGAGCAACAAGGGAUAAUGAAUACAGUGAUCUUUACCACUGCUUACCCUGGUCUCAUGGUUCUCUUGGUUUCCUUGUGGGACUAGAACUUCAGAUUAUUCCUGUUAAACCUUACAUACAUAUGAAGUAUAUACCAGUCAAGGGACAGAAAAAUUACUGUGAAAAAAUAAGAGAGUUGAGUGGAACCUAUGAUGGGUCAGCUGAGGUCCCUGACUACCUGGAGGCUACAGUAUUCAGUAAAGAGGAGGCUGUUAUUAUGGUUGGAAAUUUUGCAGAUGUCACAACCAAGGAGCAGGCUAAGAAGAUAAACAACGUGACCCGAUGGUACAAACCCUGGUUCUACAAACACGUAGAGGCCUUCCUGACUUCCGGGGAGGGGGAGGAGUACAUUCCGCUCCGGGAGUACCUACUCCGCCACGACAAGGCCAUCUUCUGGGUCCUGGAGUCCAUGAUUCCGUUCGGGAAUCAUCCCUUGUUUCUGUUCCUGCUGGGGUGGAUGCUUCCACCAAAGCCUGCCUUCAUGAAGCUGACUACAACUCCUGUAGUGAGAGCAAUGACCUUCACUAAGCAGGUGUUCCAGGAUAUAGUUCUUCCCAUCAACAAGCUCGAGGAACAGAUUAACAAGAGCGAGGAACUUUUUGAUACAUAUCCUGUUCUAGUUUAUCCUUGCAGAAUUUAUGACCAUGGGAAGCAUGUGGGUCAACUCCGACCUCCUAGAGAAGAUCAAAUGGUUCCAGGAACAAACUACGGAAUGUUUAAUGAUCUGGGAGUAUAUGGAGUUCCAAGGGAUGUGAGAGAAAGAAGAAGAUGGGAUGCUGUCUCAGCUAUGAGGAAAAUGGAGGCUUAUACAAGGAGUGUUGGAGGAUAUCAUUUCAUGUACGCGGAUACAUUCCUGGACCGUGAAGAGUUUAAUGAAAUGUUUGAUCUCACUCAAUAUGAGAAAGUUCGCAGAAAAUAUCACGCAGAAGGGGCAUUUCCUCAUGUUUAUGAUAAGACAAAGCCUGAGGUUGAUGUUGUGGCAAUUGGGAAAGCGUACAUGGAUCCUCUUUCAUAAUUAUGUACACGUGGUGACGUGUAGUACUAGCUACGCACUUGGAAACUGUGCGUCAAUAAUUACUUAAAUGAAUUGAAUAAUAUUUACUAUUUGUAUAAUAAUUAAAAAAAUUAUUAAUUGAAUUUCAUUAAAAUCGUCUUCA